GUUUGUGUUUGUAAUGUGCGUGUCUGGCGAGAGCAGUCACUCUUUCGUAUCGUUUUCUGCGGCUGCGGGCGUCUGAACCACAAAUAAACUGGAGUAAUGGUAACUCCCAACGCAGUCGGCGUCGCGCUAACGCGGAGUCACCACGCCGGGCUCCUCAGAGGAGAGGCUGUGCCGAGUGAUGCCGCAGCUGCCGCAGCACCUCUGGAAGUGACGCGCGCCGCGGAAGAGAAGGAGCGCCGACACACGCGGGGGAGACGCCGACAUGCAGCGACAAUAACAAGAGGACGAGAAGCCGGCAACAAGAGGACGGGGGAGAUCUUCUUCGUGAACAAUGGACCAGCAAUCAGCUGCAAAGAAAGCGAGCAUGGCGUGGCUCCUCAUUCCCGCCGUCCUCCUGUUUGGAUGCCGACACGGCGCCUGUCAGUCGUCCCAGGAGGCUCAGAAAGAGGCCGCCGCCAACGACAGCACAGUGUUCACCAGGAUCCUGGACGGGCUUCUCGACGGUUAUGACAACAGGCUGCGACCUGGGCUGGGAGAGAACGUGACGGAGAUCAAGACGGAUAUUUUUGUCACAAGCUUCGGCCCGGUAUCUGACACGGAAAUGGAAUACACCAUUGAUGUGUUCUUCCGUCAGAGUUGGAAGGAUGAGCGCCUGUGCUUCAAAGGGCCGAUGGAGAUGUUGCCCCUGAACAACCUGCUGGCCAGCAACAUUUGGACACCGGACACAUUCUUCCUCAAUGGCAAGAAGUCCAUUGCUCACAACAUGACUACACCUAACAAGCUGCUGAGGCUGAAGGACGAUGGAAAUCUGCUUUACACUAUGAGAUUGACGAUAUCAGCCGAGUGCCCCAUGCAACUGGAGGAUUUCCCCAUGGAUUCCCACGCCUGUCCCCUCAAGUUUGGCAGCUAUGCAUAUCCGGUAUCCGAGGUGGUUUACACAUGGACUCAAGAUGCUUCCAAGUCCGUAGAGGUGGCAGAGGACGGGUCGAGACUCAACCAGUACGUCCUGGUCGCAAAAACAGCCGGCACAGAGGACAUACACACAAGCCGAGGUCAGUAUACAGUGAUGAUGGCCCACUUCUACCUGAAAAGGAAGAUUGGAUAUUUUGUCAUCCAGACAUAUAUGCCAUGUUUCAUGACUGUAAUCCUGUCCCAGGUGUCAUUUUGGCUAAAUAGAGAGUCUGUUCCUGCGCGGACUGUGUUUGGAGUGACCACGGUGCUGACAAUGACCACCCUCAGCAUCAGUGCCAGAAACUCCCUCCCUAAAGUGGCCUACGCGACAGCGAUGGACUGGUUCAUUGCCGUGUGUUACGCUUUCGUCUUUUCGGCCCUGAUCGAGUUUGCUACUGUGAACUACUUCACCAAGAGGAGCUGGGCGUGGGACGGCAAGAAAGCUUUAGAAGCGCAGCACCCAAAGAAGCGAGACCCGGCGGUGCUGUCCAAGAAACCCAACAACGUUUGCUCGUCAGCCGUCAACUACGCGCCAAACCUCGCCAAGGACGCCUCCAUAGCCACCAUCUCCAACACCACGGCCGUGCAGCUCCGCGCCACCGAGACCAAGAUGGCGGACCCGAAGAAGACCUACAACAGUGUCAGUAAGAUCGACAAAAUGGCCCGGAUAGUUUUCCCCGUUCUUUUCGGAACCUUCAACCUGGUGUACUGGGCCACGUAUCUGAACAAGGAACCAGGGGUUAAAGGAGUCGCUGUGUCAACCUAACCCCUUUUUUGAACGUUGUCUUUUUUUUAGAUGGAAGAAGGAAAUCAACUUUGGAAAGCCGCAAUGGAAUUCUGUCCUAUUUUCAUUUUUGUUGGUCUUUAUUUGCCUAAAUGGCCUGCUUGAUGGCAUUGUGACUUUGAACAGUGCUACGCUUCUUCUUCUUCUUCUUCUUCUUCUUCUUCUUCAUUCACCCUGCUGCAGUUGGCAUGACGCACUCCACAUAGCAGCUGUGAAAACCACAUACACGUACAUGCAUACAGCAUAUACAUACAAUACAUGUGUAUGUGUGUGCCGGCACAGGAGCACUCUGUUACUAACAAUCCACUUCCCUUUCCCGAUCCAUUUUUGGAAGUAGGCAUCACGUUGUUGCCAUGAGCUAAUUGCCUGAGAUGCUCUGCGCUUACAAAACUGGAGGAACUGCCAUAUUUCCAUGCAUUUAUUUAACAAGGUAUUUUUUCGGUGGAAUCCCUUCAGCCUUUUGUGCAUUGAUCAACUACUUUCAGCGCUUUGUUGUUGUGUUUUUAAAGUGAACCCCUUCUCCUCUCGGAAGGGAGUGAGUGUUUGUGCAUCUUAAGGCGAACAUUUAAAGCCUUGCACUGCAAGUCGGGUUCCCCCAAAAUGCCUCCUGUCUGGGAGGUGAUAGUAUAUAUAUAUAUAUAUAUAUAUAUAUAUAUA